AUGUUCUCUCGCCUCUUCAACGCACUUUCAGGCGAUUCUGCAAGCUACCCCUCCGUGCUUCUCAGAUUGGAAGCGCCGAAUAGAGUCUUCAUUCUGCACGUCAUACCUGAGAGCAGCAAAGUUGAACGCAUCGACACAACGUUCUCGAAGAAGAUUCGCUACGGCAAUGCGAAAGUACGGUCCAGCGAACAGAUCGGCACCGUUAGGCUCGACAAGCCUGGUGGGGAUGACACAGCCUACAAGUUCAUGGAGGACCUCACCGCACGAGUGAAGAAACUUUGCGAUGAGAACGCAGGUGGCUUCGAGGUGGUUGAUCGUAUGGUGAAGGAGGUGCUGCGCCCGGCAGCCGUUGAGGCCCUCCGCGACAGGGAAGCAUCGACGACACUGUCGAGAGACGGGUCAUCCGCGCAUACACUUACCCUCGUCUAUGUCGACCGGCAGAAGGCCGAGGGGAUACUAGUUGGUUAUGAGCCUUCCAGCAUUGGCGGUAACCUGUGA